GCCAGCCUCGCGAUAGCCUCGCCUCCUAGAAUCAAAGCUCCGCUCGCGAGCUGGAUGCUGACAGGCGCGCGGUGCGGUCAUCAUGCAAAGGUUAACGUUACAUCGGAUCCGUUUCAACGAGUCUCUAAUGAAGAAGCUGCUCCUUCACAGGACCCGCACGGCCCACACAAUGCGAGACGUCUAGCGACGUAAAACCGUACUAACUCGGCCGGGUUUGGCUACAAGCAGGUGUGAAACGAUGGACGCGAGUUUGGGAUUUUCCGCGAACGGCAAUGUGUACGCUGGCUCCUCUCGGCGGUAAAGUGGCUUCAUGAGUGUCCAAAGUAACAGUGGAAGUGGUGGUGGAAGUUUGGAGGCGACGCCAUCUUGGUCGCAGCUCUCCUCGUCCCCAACGAUUUCUCAACAACAUAUAACGGCGACCGCAAAGAGCAAGGAAGGCCCCAUGGAGGAGCUGCACAGCCUGGACCCCAGGAGACAGGAGCUGCUGGAGGCCAGGUUCACGGGAGCUGUCAGUGGCAACACAGUAGGCAGCACUGGGAGCACCAGCGGAGGUGCUAAGGGUCUGGCCAAUGAAUCCUCUAACCACAGCUAUGGAAGUCUCGGCUCAUCCAGCGACAAGGAGUCAGAGAACUCUGAUUUGAAAAGAGGGAGCUCCCCUGCCUACUCAACUCCGGAGAAGAAGCACUCCGAAUCGUCCAGAGGGAGAAAAAGGAAAGCUGACACCUAUUCAGAGAGUAGUCAAGGGAAGACCUCCACACGUGGGCCCAAGAUCAGCGACUACUUUGAUUUCCAGGGUGGAAAUGGUUCCAGUCCAGUCAGAGCCCUCCCGUCAGCCCGCCGCUCUCCACAGAACUCACAUUCUGCUCCUGGCUCAAUCAUCCGGCAGAACAGUUCCUCUCCCACCAGUCUGUGUUUCGGGGAUCACAAUCCCAAAGCCUCAUCCAGCAAAUGUGUCCAGACGGAGCUAACAGGCUUGAAACUUGCUGCUCUGGAGAGCAACAAGAGUCUGGACCUGGAAAAGAAAGAGGGGCGAAUAGAUGACCUUCUCAGGGCUAACUGUGACCUGCGGAGACAGAUUGAUGAACAGCAGAAACUCCUGGAGAAGUACAAGGAGAGGCUCAACAAGUGCAUCACUAUGAGCAAGAAACUACUUAUAGAGAAGAGCACCCAGGAGAAGCAGUCGUGCCGAGAGAAGAGCAUGCAGGACCGUCUCCGCCUCGGUCACUUCACCACCGUCAGACACGGAGCGUCCUACACGGAGCAGUGGACCGACGGAUACGCAUUCCAGAACCUGAUCAAGCAACAAGAGGGCAUCAAUCAGCAGAGGGAGGACAUAGAGCGACAGAGGAAGCUGCUUGCCAAGAGGAAGCCUCCAAACCCUGCGUCUCCCUCCCUCUCUGUGGCCUCCACCUCUGAACCCAAGCAGAGAAAAACCAAGGUGGUCAACGGCAACGACUCUGACCCCUUCCUCAAGCCCUCCUUGCCCCAGCUACUGACCCUCGCCGAGUACCACGAGCAGGAAGAAAUCUUCAAGCUUCGCCUCGGACAUCUGAAGAAGGAGGAAGCUGAGAUCCAAGCAGAACUGGAGCGGUUGGAGCGGGUGAGGAACCUCCACAUUAGAGAGUUGAAGAGGAUAAACAAUGAGGACAGCUCAGCGUUUAAAGACCAUCCUACUCUGAAUGAGAGGUACCUGCUGCUGCACUUGCUGGGCAGGGGCGGCUUCAGUGAAGUUUAUAAGGCUUUUGACCUGUUUGAGCAGCGUUAUGCAGCUGUUAAAAUCCACCAGCUCAACAAGAACUGGAGAGAGGAGAAAAAGGAGAACUACCAUAAGCAUGCAUGCAGGGAGUACAGGAUACACAAGCAGCUGGACCAUCCCAGAAUAGUCAAACUGUACGACUAUUUCUCCCUGGAUACUGACACGUUCUGCACCGUGCUGGAGUUCUGCGAAGGCAACGACCUGGACUUCUACCUGAAGCAAAACAAGCUGAUGUCAGAGAAGGAGGCACGCUCCAUUGUCAUGCAGAUUGUCAGCGCCCUGCGCUACCUCAACGAGAUCAAACCUCCCAUCAUCCACUACGACCUCAAACCCGGUAACAUCUUAUUAGUGGAUGGUACUGCAUGUGGAGAAAUCAAAAUCACAGACUUCGGCUUGUCAAAGAUCAUGGAUGAUGAUAACUACGGCGUGGACGGUAUGGACCUCACAUCACAGGGAGCAGGCACCUACUGGUACCUCCCUCCAGAGUGUUUUGUGGUGGGAAAGGAACCGCCUAAGAUUUCAAACAAGGUGGACGUCUGGUCUGUGGGAGUGAUCUUCUUCCAGUGCCUCUACGGACGCAAGCCGUUUGGUCACAACCAGUCACAGCAGGACAUCCUCCAGGAAAACACCAUCCUCAAAGCCACAGAGGUCCAGUUCCCUGCUAAACCACAGGCCAGCACAGAGGCCAAGGCGUUCAUCCGGCGCUGUCUGGCCUAUCGCAAGGAGGACAGGUUCGAUGUUCACCAACUGUGCUCGGACAGCUACCUCCUCCCCCACAUGAGACGUUCGAACUCCUCCGGCUCCCUGCAGCCCUCCGCCUCAUCUCUCCCCACCUACUGACUUGGCUCUCUCACGUGACUGACAGGACCCUCUGGCCAAUUCCAAAGCAGGAAUGUGGGAAUUUGAGGAUGACGGAUGUGGAUCUCUCUCUCUAUCUCUUUCUUUUGUUUUUUUUACCUGAGCUGUUCCUAAAUGGAUAAAUUGGCGAGAGAAGAGGAAGAAAGGGGGAUACUGGAGUUGCAUAUGUUGUGCCCCUGAACUCAACUGCGUGAGAUGGGGGGGAAAGAAAUAAACUGAAAAACAGAAGAGAAAUUCAAAGAGAGAGGGGAAAAGAUUUAGAGAGAGGCAGUGGCAUUGUUUGGAACGAGAGCUAGAGAUUUUGUUUAUGGAUUUUAUUAAUUAACCCCUUAGGAGACGUUUAAACAGCUGUAGGAGCUCCUAUCCAAGCCCACCUCUUAGCUCCACACCAUGAUACACCUCACAAGACGGCUGAGAAUGGCUUCAACAGAAAGACACUGGUGGUCUUGUUGCUUAGGGUGGCGGUGGGGAACAGAUAGAGGAGGUACGAGUUCAACCUAUUCAAGUCAACUCUGCAAUCUGUUUUUAUGAGGCACAAAAUGAUGGUUACAUGUCAUUGAAUUCACCCUUGAGGGGGUCGACUUAAAAGUAAUGAUGUAACCUGGAUGGGACUUGACUUUAAAAAAAAAAAAAAAUUCCAGAUAAAAUUUCUGGGUUUGAUUUGCACUUCCGAUCCAGAUCGCGGUCAUCUGGUCUCACAGAUUUGGCAUGAAGUACCACAGCGUGGGUUAGUUCUGGACUUAUCAGUAGUCAAAUCCUCCGUUCAAACUUUUGUUGUGUUGCAAAGCAAUUCAGGUCUACUGCCGGGUUUACAGAAAGAUCUGUGAAUCUGUCUUAAUCCAUUUUUGCUGUUCAGAUUAUGGAGUCAAAAUGUUUCAAAGUAUUACAGGACCAUGUUGUCAUAGAUGUCCUCGUCUGCCUGCCUGAAGAGAGUUGGACUGAAGCGAGGGACUGGAUCAGCUGUCGCUGUACUGCAAAGACUCCCGUGGUUACAGGACUGUUUCCAGGGGCGCAGAGUUAAGUGUACAUUUCACAUGCAGGAGCAGACAUUACCCACUAGCAAAAUCUAUAAUAAUGAGGCUUAUCCUUGCUUCCCAGUGUCUCACUUUGCUCUGUUUAUUUGUGUUUCCUCCUGAAAGCUGUUCUCAGUUUGCUGCUAUAAAUGUUGCUUUUAGUUUGUAA